AUGCUUAAAGCAAAGAGUGAACAACAGCUGCUACUAAUCUGCGAAUAUCUCAAGCUAGUGCACUACAAUGAACGCAACUACAUUGUUCGGAAGGGAGAUCCACUUGAUGCGAUCCUCUUCAUCACCCAAGGAAUUUGUUGGACUUCAAAGAACAGUGACGGCAGGGGAAGAACUCAGUGUAUUGAGAAAGGUCAUUCCUAUGGAGAAGAACUUCUAGACUGGGGGUUCAACGACUCCCCCCCAUCCGAUCUCCCAAUCUCUAAGGAAACCGUCAAAGCACAUACAAAAGUUGAAGCCUUUGCCCUCAUGGCCAACGACUUGACGACAGCUAUUUCGAGGCAUACCAAGCAGCUUCCACUGCAAAAGCAGCUUUACGAGCAGUUCGUCAGUGCCUUACUGAAAAGAAGAACGAAAAUUCUUCGAAGAUGGCGUAGUAGAUCAAAAGAGGGUUUUCAUGCUCUUGAUACUUCAUGA